GAGUUUCAAUACAUCGAUAAAUAGUAAAAACAUCUGAACUCUGCCAGUUGAGCUCGACCCCGGAUCUGAUUUCUCACAAUCGUAACAAUGACAAAAGCAAAGAGAAGUGCUGGCAAGCAAAGUAGGCUAUUCCUCCAAUUAAAAAAGGGAAGAUCCGACCUUCUCAUUUCCUUUAAAAUAGAUGAAUUAAAAAUGAAUAAUAGCUUUACAUAUGAACAACACGCACGCCUUAGAAAGAAUAAAAUAAUGAGAUGAUGCUGAGCUAUGUAGAUUAGAUAGAUGAUAAGGUCCAGGACACAGUGUUUUUGAGUAUCUAAUUCCUAGAAAAUUGGCAUAUACUUGAGCCUGAGAGCAAGUUGAACUUGCAUUGCGUAUAGAGAGGGACUACUUUUCUGUCUUGAUUGUGUUUCUUUAUCCAUCCAUUCUCUUUCUCUUUUCUCUCACAGACCCAGUAGCCGAAUUUUAAGAAAGGAGAGGAAACCAGCUUUUACCACCAGUUUUGAUGGCAGUGACUGAUAAUCAAGCUAAAUCUAUUGACAGCACUGACUUUCUCACUGUAUUGGCAUCUCAAGGUGUUGAGCUCCUUCUUUCUGGUAAAGGAAAGGUACCCUUAUCAUCAUGUGGUGGGAAGACAAUUUGUCUCUUUUUCUCUGCAAACUGGUGUAGGCCUUGUAAAUCUUUUACCCCACAACUGGUGCAACUUUAUGACACGCUAAAAGCAAGAGGUAAAGAAAUAGAGAUCAUCUUUGUUUCCUUUGAUCAUGAAGAGACUGGAUUUGAGGAACAUUUCAAGCGUAUGCCAUGGCUUGCGGUUCCAUUUGAUGUAAUCUUCCAUAAAGAACUGAGAAAUAGUUAUCAAGUUGAUUGUAUCCCUUCACUUAUUCCAUUAGCUUCAGAUCGAGUACUAAUUGAUGAAGACUUGAUUGGAUUAAUUGAAGACUAUGGCGCCGAUGCGUUUCCAUUCACUAAGCAGAGAAGAGAAGAAUUGAAAGCUCUUGAUGAGUCCAAAUGCCAAGGAGGAAAAUUGGAAGAACUUUUGGCUUGUGAAGGACGAGAUUAUGUUGUUUCUAGAGACUAUAGUAAGAUACUAGUCUCUGAACUUUCUGGUAAGACAGUUGGUCUUUACUUUGGUGCACACUGGAGCCCUCCCUGCCGAGUCUUCACUACCCAACUUAUCGAAGUUUACAACGAGCUCAAAAUUACUACAGAUCAAUUCGAAAUUGUUUUGGUCUCAACAGAUCGAGUCCACAAAGAAUUUGAUCUAAGUUUAAGUAGUAUGCCAUGGCUAGUGAUUCCAUAUGAAGACAGGACAAGACACGAUCUUUGCAGGAUCUUCAAAAUCAAAGGGAUUCCAGCUUUAGUCCUAAUUGGACCGGAUGGGAAGACAAUAAACACAAAUGGGAAGGAGAUGGUCUCCUUGUAUGGUGCUAUGGCUUUCCCAUUUACUGAGUUGAGGAUCGAUGAAAUAGAAGCAAGCUUGAAAAAGGAAGGUGACGCAUUGCCUCAACUAGUUGAGGAUGCAAAGCAUGAACAUGAACUAAAACUCGACAUGGCUAAAGCUUAUGUGUGUGACUCUUGCAAAAAGCCAGGGAGGUUCUGGACCUUCUCUUGUGACUUGUGUAACUUUGAUCUUCAUCCCUCAUGUGUAGGAGGAAUGGAUCAACCCUCUUUGUAAACGCAAUAACUUAGAUAUUUGAUAGUAAAUAAUUUUAUUCUUAUCUAUCCAGAUGUUAUUAACAAACUUAAUCUAAUUUUACUUGAAAGAUGUUUAUUAUCAUUAUGUUUAUUCAUUCAUUGAGGUAAGAGGAGGUGGUGAAUGAAGAAAGUGGGGUUUCUUCUUGUUGAA